CAUCAAACAAAAAUCUACACAAAACACCCCAAAAUUCUCACAUCUCCAAGUAGAAGUACCCCAAAGUCCAAGAUUAGGGUUUGUUCGAACAAGUUGAUUGACCCCAAAUCAGAUUCCUAUUUUCACAAAUCUGACUCGAUUCUCCCAAAUUGCAAGGAAACACAAGAAAAUUAAAAGGGGUUUCUUGAAAAACUUGUACUUAAGGUUUGUGUUGUGUUGUAAAAAACAAGAAAAAGAUUGAAUCUUGAUGCAAAAAUAUGGCCUAUGAUUCUGAGUUGGGAAAUUGGUCUGAUGUGAAUGAAAUCAAGAUUCCUGAAUUGUAUGUAAAGUAUGGUGAUUUGGAUGGUUGUGCUGACGUUAAUGAAUUAAGGGCAUUGUUUGAUCAAGUUUUAGCAUUUUUCUUGAAAGAAGUGUGUAUGAAUAAAAAGGUUUUUCGGCCUUUUCCACCUAAGCUUGGUGAUGGGCAAGAGGCUGAUUUGUUCAAACUGUUCUUGACGAUUAGGCGAAUAGGGAGUUAUGAGUUGGUUUCGGAAAAUAGUUUGUGGGAAUUUGUCGCGAGGGAAUGCGGGUUAAAAGUUGGGCUUGUGGCGUCAUUGAAGUUAAUAUAUAUCAAGUAUUUGAAAGAGUUGGAUCAGUGGUUGUUGAAUGGAGGUUUUAAAGAUGGAAAAAUGGAGAAUUUGGAGGUUAGUGUAGUUGAGAAGCUAGAUCGGUUGUCACGGAAAUUAGGAAGGGCUUUGAUUGAUGUUGAAAUCAUUGGGUUUGAUGAGCGUAAGGAGGGUGCUUCGGGGUUCAAUCAAGUUCAGGGUGAUGAUGACGAAAAAUCUAGUGUUGGGGAUCAUAAAAGAUGCGAGUUGUCUCCUAAAUUCGUCAAGAAAGUGGGAGUUUCGAUGGUCAAUGAUGAGGUCAAACGAAACGAGAUAGUGCCUGAUAACGUUGUCAUGAAAGUGAGACUUUCAGUGAACCAUGAUGACGAUAAUGUUGUCAAGCACGGCGAUCAUCCUAUGAUCGACUAUGAUGACGACGACGACGACGAUGUGAACAAUGUUGUUUCCCAUAAUGUGAACACUCAGAAGCGAAAGAGGGAUGAAGAUUCUUUAGAAUUGUCAGAAAUGCUAGAUUGGUUAGCUAAUGUUGCACGGGAUCCCCAUGAUAACGCGUAUGAUACUUCUUCGCAAAGAAGUAAAAAGGGGAAGAAUAACAUGACUGAUCAUUUACGGAAGCGAGUUCUGUCAUCAAGACGUGCACUGUUUGCAGAACUUAAGGUUGAUUCAGGCAAUGACGCAUCGGGUUCGCAGAAGAAGACUCAGAAAAUGCAGCCUUCAAUGUACGAAGACGAUAAAGUUAAGCUUCGAUGCAGCAGAAGAACCACUGCAGCAGUACCAUGCCCCUUGAAACGUCAACAAACCGAAUCUAGUAACAUCCGCACAGACCGAUUUCGUGAAAUCCUUGAAUCACAUGACCAAGACUAUAACCUGGGCCCACUUUUUCAAGCCCAAGUGCCGCCAUGGACAGGUGUACUCUCCGACAGUGAUCCCAAGUGGCUCGGUACUCAUAUGUGGCCCCCACCCGACAGAAAAGGCGAGGAGGGUAGUUUCGUAAUUGGGCUAGGAAGGCAAGAAUCUUGUGAAUGCGUGUUUCCGGGAUCAGCUGAAUGUGUUAGGUUUCACAUAGCGGAAAACAGGCUGAAAAUCAAAAUAGAACUCGGCACGCUGUUCUAUAAAUGGAAGUUUAACCAAAUGGGGGAGGAAAUUUCGCUUGCGUGGGAACCCGAAGAAGAAAAACGAUUCAAAAGCUUAGUCAUCAGGGCACGACAUGAGUUGGCGCAUAGCAUGAAGAGUAGGCGCGAAAUUAUGAACGCGUUUUGGAGAAAAGCUUCGGUUAUAAUUCCUGAUAAGUUAAAGCAAAAUGUGGUGAGUUAUUACUUCAAUGUGUUUGUUAUCAGGCGAAGAAGUUACCAAAACCGUGUUACUCCUAGAGACAUCGACAGUGAUAACGACGAAGUGGAGGUGGGGUCCGUUGGUGACAGAUUCGGGUAUGAAAAGAUUCAUGGGUUGUCGCUAAAAUGCUCAGAGAAUUUGCAGUGCACAAACCUUGAAUCUUGAUCAUGCAUUAGUCCGUUUGUCAUCUUCUUUGUGAAAAUUUCUUAUCAUCUUUAUACUAGGAAUCUUAAAGUGUCAUCACAUUGGUUGAUGUUUUCAGUUUUUUUUUUUUUUUUUUUUUUUUGUUUUAUGUUGAACUACAAAGUAGAUUGGUACCUUUCUAAAGGUAAUUUUGGUGCA